AUGGGCUCCGACAAAAAAGACAACCGCUCGAUCAUCUCUCGGAACUCGGUUCACGACGAAGAAAAACAGGUCCCCACCACUGUGGCCUCCAAGUACAGAUGGAAAGUCAACGCCGACUCCUCGCCCCCAGAAAUCUAUAACAGAACCCUCUACCUUUGUAUCUUUGUGUUUGGUAUCUUGGGUGCUGCCAGAGGUUUUGAUGAAGGUAACAUUUCCGGAGCCAUGGCGCUUCCUUCCUUCAAGAAGUACUUCGGAUUGGCUGACAAGCACAAGACCAAGGACGAGCUUGCUAACUUGAAGUCCAACAUCGCCUCCAUGGUCCAGCUUGGUGCUAUCGGAGGUGCCAUGAUCGCCAUGUACUCUGUCGACAAGUUGGGCAGAGUUCGUGCUCUUCAAGCUGUGUGUAUUAUCUGGAUCAUUGGUGCUAUUUUGCAAGUGUUUGCCCAGUCUGUGGGUAUGUUGUACGCUGGUAGACUUAUCGAGGGUUUGGCCAUCGGACAAACCACCACCAUCGGACCUUCUUUCACAUCGGAAGUCGCUCCAAAGGCCAUCAGAGGUAUGGCUGUGUCCAUCUUCUCCGGUGCUGUCUACUUGGGUAUUAUGUGCGGUUACUUCGUUUCCUACGGUGCCGUCUUGCACAUCUCCAACGAUUCUAGAAAGCAAUGGGUUGUGGGUGUGUCGUUGAAGAUUGUUUUGGCAGGUUUGAUUUUCAUUCUCUCCAUGUUGUUCUGCUACGAAAGUCCUAGAUGGUUAUUGAAGGUCGGCCAGCCCGACAAGGCCAUUGAGAACUUGUCCAAGCUCAGACACUUGCCACCAGACCACCCUUACAUCAUCGGUGAAAUCAGUGACAUUAACGAACAAGUGCUCUCCGAAAAGGAAGCCAAGGCCAACAGAAACCUCCUUCACCAAUUCAAGGAAAUCGUCACUGUCAAGUCCAUCAGAUACAGAUUCUUUGCCGUUUGUGCCCUGGCCCAGCUCUUGGGUCAAUGGUCCGGUGCCAACGCUGUCACCAUCUACGCCUCCGAACUCUUCAGUCUUGCUGGUAUUAAAGGUACUGAUGUGUUGAAGAUGUCUGCCGUUCUUGGUGUUGUCAAGUUCAUUUCUGCCUACUUGUGUGCAUUCUUUAUCAUUGAUUUCCUCGGAAGAAGAAGAGCCUUGUACAUUGGUGUCACCAUUCAGUUUAUCACCAUUCUUUACUUCGCUAUUUUCUUGCACGUGGUUCCACAAGCUGCUGACGAUGGUGCAGUCUUGACUGCUUCUCAAAAGAGAGCCUCCCUCGGUGCCCUUGCUGCUCUUUUCCUCAGUGGUACUGGUUGGACCAUGGGUUUCAACUCUAUCCAAUACUUGUUGGGUUCUGAGAUUUUCCCAUUGAAGAUCAGAUCUUUCGCCCAAUCCCUCACCAUGAUCUUGCAUUUCGCCAACCAAUAUGGUAAUUCCAAGGCUUUGCCAAAAAUGUUGUUAGCCAUGAACAACUUCGGUGCCUUCUACUUCUUCUGUGGUGUCAUGCUCAUCGGUUUGUUCUGGUGUUGGUUCUUCGUUCCAGAAGUUGCUGGCAGAUCUUUAGAAUCUAUGGAAGAUAUCUUCAACUUGCCAUGGUACUUGAUUGGUAGAAAGGGUCCAGAAUUGUGUCCUGACUACUCUGAAAUCAACAAGAUCACCUACACCACCCUGGGUGCCACCAACACCUACGAAAGUCACAUCAACUACUUGGAGAAAGACAAGGCUUCUCAAGAAUUCGUUGAGAACGCCGAUGAGGCCAAGGAGAACCGCGAUUCUUUGGACAAGUUCCAAGAGAAGGUUUAG